AUGUCUCCCCUGAACCCGUGCCCUGGCGACGAAUACCAUAUCGGCUCCUCUCCCACCAAGACUCGGGCUUUUUCUGAUAGUGACAGUGCUGAGGCUGUCACUCCCAUCUCAUCUGCUGCUGCCCAGUCUUCCACUCCUGCCGAAAGCGAGACUAGCGGGUCUCUGUUCAGCGAAGGAACCACAGCACUGCAAAAUGAGCUUGACAGAAGACUGGAGGCCUUUGUUCUGGCUGAAGAGACAGUGCCUCCCCGCGGACAGACAGCGGCCGAUCUCCCCACCAAUGUGCCUGCGCCAACUUCUGGAGAUCCAUUUGGAUUUGUGUGUGCUUUCGGUUUCACCGGAUCAUUCGACGAACCAUCUGUCGUUCCCAGGACCAAACGGGCCUUCCUCGACGCCAUCAGAGGUGAGAUUGAGGGAAUCGGUAUGACGCAAAGAGGUCUGCAAUCCUACCAGACGGCCAUCAAUUCGCGAAAGUAUCAUACCUUCAGCACCAAAUUUCUGAUUGAUCAGAACACCGCCACCGUGAUCACCAUCGAUCAAUUGGAUCAGAUAACCACCCACCUGAAGAAAGUUGAGGAAGAGGUUCAACAUAUUGAGAAUGAAGAUGGGGAGGUCAAGGAUGAGCUUAUGGAAGCCUUUAACCAUGCCCGACCAUGGGUAAUGCGUACACGGGCUCUCCUGCGACAUUGCCAUGUUUUCUACAAGCUCAACUUUGUCCUGGCCACUGGAACGGAGAGUAUGCUGCCUUGA